AUGGCUUCUAAGAGAAUGUUGGUAACAAUUGCCCUUGUGGCAUUAGCUAUUUCUCCAGUUCUGGCUAAGGAAUAUGUUGUUGGAGAUGGCAAGGGUUGGACAGCAAUCCAACCUGAUGAUGAAUUUGAGAACUCGAUUGCUUUCUUCAAGUACAAAGUUGUAUUCCACGAACCUGUCAAAGUGGAUGAUGCUUCAUUCAAAAAAAAUGUGUCAGCACCAGAAACAACCGAGACUUUAGCUUCCGGUAAUAAUGUUAUUAGACUUGAAAAACCAGGGAAACAAAUCAAGAAUUGUACAAUUGCAGUGGAGGCAAGCACUGCAAAAUGA